AUGGAGAAACCCGGAGGAUACGCAGUCCAUCUAAACCAUAUUCCAGAUGGGAAUGACUGCCACCUUCUCCGGAAGAUAGAUUUCUUCCUAAUGCCACUCCUGAUAAUUACAUUUAUGCUGCAGUAUGUUGACAAGGUGAUUCUCAACGGCGCCUCUCAGUUUGGCAUUAUCGAGGAUCUAGAUCUCUAUACUGUGCAGGGAUACACUCCUGGUCCCGACCCACAGCCAGUUUUGGAUCUGCAGCGAUAUUCAAUCGCUACACUUAUCUUCUACUGGGGAUGUGUGACCGGAUUACUUCCCGCUGCUUGGCUGGCCCAGAGACUGCCUAUCGGCAGGUUUCUCGCGUGUACAGUGAUUGCAUGGGGAGUGGUUGUUAUGCUCACGGUUGUCGUGGGUGGCUAUCAUGGCUUCCUGGUUCAAAGAUUCUUUCUGGGCGCUGUCGAGUGUGCUGUAGCACCUGGAUUUUCCAUCAUGAUUGCCUUGUGGUGGAGGAGAGCUGAGCAACCCCUCCGAUACGCACUGUGGUACACAUCCACUGGGCUAGGAGGCCUUCUGGGAUCUCUUCUCAUAUUCGGGAUAGGUCAUAUCCAGGGUAGCCUCCGGUCCUGGAAGUACCAGUAUCUCAUCCUUGGGGCCGGCACAGCUGUCUGGGGUAUCGUAUUAAUUUUCCUCCUACCACAGAACCCAGCCUCAGCAAAAUUUCUGAAACCAGAAGAGCGGCUGGCUGCAGUCGAGCGAAUCCGUUUGGAACAGACCGGUAUCGAGAACAAGGAGUUCAAAUUAUAUCAGAUUAAAGAGCUAUUGCGAGACCCAGUUACGUGGAUUCUCCUUCCAACUACCUUUUGUCUUCAUUUUGCAAAUGGGGGUAUUUCCGGAUUUGGCAGUGUGAUUAUCAGCAGCUUUGGGUAUUCCAGUUUUCAAUCUGUACUGCUGACCGGAGCAGUUGGUGGAGGCGUCUUUGUUACAUGCAUCAUAGUGGGCAUCACUGGCACUUUUUUCAAAGACUGCAGAACCUGGCUUGUAAUCGCAUGUGAAGCCUGCGUGGUACUGGGCGCCUGUCUGAUGUGGAAGCUGAACUGGGACACACAACGAGCCGGUGCAAUCUUUGGAUUCAUUAUGUGCAGCUGCUUCGCUGGAGGCUACAUGAUGAUUUUGGCUCUGGUAGGUGCAAAUAUUGCCGGGCACACCAAAAAAACGUUCAUCUCGGGUCUACUCUGGUGUGCUUGGGGGAUCAGCAAUGGUGUUGCUCCAUUGACCAUCAAGAAGCCGGAGGCUGAGGAACAUUAUCCGACUUGCUUCUUGGCUAUAAUUGUGACAACAGCAGUCGCAAUUUGUGGGGCAGCCUUAUUGCGGGGAUAUCUUAUGCUUGAGAACAAGCGACGUGAUCGUGAGUACGGGUCAGUCGACCAGGCGGUGGCUAUGCGGCUAGGCUUUGAAGACAAGACAGACAGGGAAAACGAACUGUUUAGGUAUUCUCUCUGA